GAUUAACAUUAAUACUGUAGCUCCAAUUUCAAUCGAAUUAGUUAAUUAAUCCAAAGUAAUAUCAACCAAAUUAAUGAGAAUCAAAUUUAGCUUUCAAACUUACAUGACUUGUGAGUCGGACUCACAAUCACAUGUUCAUGUUUGUUGAUAUUUCAUCAACUAAAAAGAAACAAUUUUCCAAAUUCUGGUUAAUUGUAUUGUACAUUAAUUGUGUAAAUAUAAACAUCUCACCUCCUGUCUCAUGAAACAUUGAGUUGAUUGGAACGUUUCAACAAAUUGUUCCGAUUAAUAUGAUUUUCCAAAAUCAAUUGAAACGUUUCAUUAGCUUGGCUUUUUCAUCUCGUUAUUUGUUGGUAACAAAUACAACAAUUGGUGUUGGUGCUUUGGUUGGAGCUGAUUUGGUUCAACAACUUUCAGCCCAUUAUAUUUAUCCAUCUAAACCAACUGAUCAGCAAUUAGGAGCCAAACAAUCUGCUGAUUUACCUUAUAUCCAUGAUAAUAACAGAUCAAUUGGAAUGGCAGCCGGUGGAUUAUAUUUCGGUCUCGGUGGUCACUAUUGGUAUGGAUUUUUGGAUAAACGAUUCCCAGGUAAAUCGAUGACCAGUGUUACUAGAAAAUUACUUUGUGAGGCGAUAAUUGGUCCACCAUUUGUUUCCCUUUGUUAUUUCAUCGUCGCCAGAGUAGAAGGUAAAUCAACAAUCGAUUGGUACAAAUCAGCAAAGGAAACAAUUAUUUAUAUCAUUUUCACCGAGUGGUGUUGCUUUUUACCUCUUCAGGCCUUCAACUUUUACCUUUUACCACCAAAGUAUCGUUACCUUUGCGUCGCUAUACUGACCUUUUUCUAUGACAAUUUUCUGUCCUACAUUUUCCAUAAAUAAAAGUGACAAUCAAAAAAUGAUAAACAC